GUCUGUCAUGGUGGCAGAUCUGCCUUCUGGCAGGAGGGUCUCGACCUGCCAAGCACUCGGCGUUACCUGCCAGCGCGCGGCCGUUUAGUGUCUCCCAAGUCGCGCACUACGAUGGAUCGCGGAGCCGGUGGAAGCGCAUGGUGAACGCUCCAGGAGGUGGUCGAGGCACCUCGCGAAGGAAGAAGCGUCACGCGAGUUGUACGUCGCGUGCGACUAGGUGGAAUAUCAUUCCUCGAGAUUUCCACGAGGCGGAGAGGAAACGCGAGCGGUCCCAGGAGGAGAGGCGAUACGAUCGAUCCGUCAAAAGCCGUUAGCAGCGGUGGAAGUUUCGACAUCCGCGAGAUCAGCCGCCCGUUGGCGAUGACAGAGAUGUAUCGCUCGUGACGUCACGGAAUUCCUCUUCGCUGCUGGAGCGAGCGGCCCGCGAGCACACUUGUCAUCGUAGUCGGUAUCUCUCUCUUUCUCCCUCUCCCGACAGGCGAGAGGAGAGUAACGUUGGGCGCGAAGACGAGAAGAGCGCGGAGGAAGAUAAAGAGAGAAGAGGAGCUUCCCGCGGAGAAGAGAGAUAGGAAGAACGUGGGCGUUGAGUGAUUGUUGUCGGUGCUAGUUUCCAUCGGGAGUCAUGAGGGACACGAGCGAUAUGAUGGAGGACGCCCUGUCGGAGGACACGAUGAUGGAUUGCGGAGGAGAUGGGGGAGGAUUGGAGGAUUUCGUUGAUCUAGCUACCGACAUUACGGAUAACUCGCCUACAAUACGAGAUGCUGCCGAGCGGCUACUGACAUUGUUAGGCAUGAACGAGGACGAUGACGAGGAUCUCCUGUCGUCAUCCGAGGACGAAGGCGUCGAGGUGGACAUUGACGAGCUCGAGGAUGACGAUGAGCAGACGGAGAACACCAAGUUACUUCACCAGCUCGCCGCUUCGCUGGCCCAGGAACUCAAAUAUUCGCAGAAACAAUCUUCAGUCUCCAGAACUACGCAUCUGGAUUCGACUCAUAACGUGGAAAUGAUACUACAGAACACGAGUUAUCUCGGCCGUGGUUGCCUUCAGGACCAUCAAGUGGACCAUCCGAAAACGUCUGUUCAUCAGAGCGAUCUCGAUUUCGAUCGUGACCAUUUUUUUGACGAGCAAAACGCAAACUUUACAAAGUUCAGAAACUUUGGAAACUUCCAUCAAGAUCGCCAGGAGCCGCACUGUCGAUUGUCCUUCGAUUCUACUAGUCUGGAUCGUCGUCGGUGGACAGACGAUCCGGAAACUACGCAGGUGGUUACAUCCUUUGGCACUCAACAGGAGCAGGAUCCUGGCUCUUGGGCGGCCGGAUGGGAUGCUUGCACCACCGAGGCCCUACGAUAUCUCGUCGAGAACGAGGGACUACCAUCUCAUCAUCCCACGGUCAUUGCCAUGAAGAAUCAUCUGGAUCUGCAGAGGGAGAGGGCGUUCGUUCAUUAUACUGAAUAUACGGAGACCAAGUCGCAAGACAUGAAUCUGGUUCUGGAUUGAUGGAGGUUCCAGGAUUAAGGCGGUGAGCGAUUAAUGUUAUUUCUCCUGCAGCGCAUCUCGUUGGAGAAACUUUCGAGAGCGAGAAAUCAGGGAGAAAUUAAUCUUGUUAUUUAAAUAAAAAGCGAACACAAAGACGAUGUAUUGUGAGAUCGUUUGUGCAAGGCUCUUUGCUUUCUUGCUUUCUUCUUCUUCGAUCAAGAAGAAGAAUUGUAAUUAUUUCUCAAGUCACGAUUUUUUAUUUAAUAUCAUAAUUAAAUAAUUCGAUAUUAUUAUUAUCUCUCUUUCUCUCGCUUUUUGUUUUCCUCUCGAUUUUGCUAUUUUCUUAUGCUACUGAGAUACAAUAGAAUGGAUAUCGCUUGAUGUUCAUUAAUUUUUUCGAAACAUUGCGUUGAUUACGAAAUAUAUAUCUUGGAAGAAGCUUUUAAUUUAAUGUCAAUGUAAAUCAAAUAUUGAGCUUAUAGUUUUUAUAGUUUUGAAGGAAUGCGUUCAUACGCUGGAUCGAUAUGAGCGCAUUCGUUUUUUCUUAAGAAAAAAGUUCAAAAAUGGAUAUCUUGAUUAAAAAUUGAGAUAUCUCUCCUUCUUUUUCAAAGCAGCAGUUAAUUGCUGUCCGGGAACAUUAGGAGAUAUGCUUCUCGGGCGCUAUUAAGAGAAAAAUUUCUAAUAAUUAGAAUCAUUGUGAACUGUAGAAAAACGUCCGGUGAAUCAGAACUGGGACUAUUCUUAGAACAAAUUUCUAGGUUAAUCUACUGUAAGUAAAAAGACCGAUUGAAAGAGUUGAAAUAUGAUCAGAAUAACAGAGGAAAAUAUUUAAAUCGAAUAAUUUCUCGAUAUGAGAAAGCUAUGAGAUAAGCGUCAAUGAUUUCCGAGAAUAUUGUAAAUAUUCUCAAUUAUUCGAAUCAAUUUUUAUAAAAAAAACAUUUAUAAAUUAACAAAAAAUUUAUUACAAUCUUAUAAAUUAUUUGUGCGAGUAAUCUUUUUUGAUAAUUCAGGGAAACGAGAUUUCUUAUAAAUUACUGCAUUUUGUCAGUAAUUACGCACAAAAUAAUUUUUAGGUGGAUCGUAUACGAAAAUAUUGAUUAUAAUGUUGACAAUAGGAAAGAGAGAAACAUUUUAGCUCUGAAAAGAUGUACAUAAUCAGAAUAUUAGGCGAGAGACGACGAGAGCUCAGAGAUUAGAUAGGAACUUAUUCGGUCGUAGAUCAGUGAAUCAUUACUAGAGCUGUGGAAGUUUGCAAAAUUUCAUGCUGAGCCAUCCUUGGUAAUGUUUCUCCUUGUGGUUCUUCCAGCCAAUAAUAAAAUAAAAAAGAAAUUCUAUUGGAAUUUAUCGCUGUACAUGAAGGCUCAUUGUGAAAUUGCACGAAUUUCCAUAUUUUGAUCGUUACUUGAAUCGAACGAUCAUCAUACAUGACGAAUUGAUUGGAAUCGAUCGUAGCGUUAAUGUUGGAGAUCGAUCUGAUUGAAAGAAAAAGCAAAAGCUAGGAUAAAUAAAACAAGAUAAGCAAAAACUGAUUCUUGCGAGUGAUUCAGGAUCGACGAUCGACCUCGAUCAUGCAUCACUCGUCGUAGAGACUUUAUGUCGUAAUCGAUCGCACGCGAAGGCUCGAGAUAUGUACGACCAUGAAACAAACCGCGAAGAAUUUUUUAAAAGUCCUUUUUCUUGUCGCAAUUUUUUUUAUGAGAAAUAGUCGACGUUCCUCUCACGCGAUUGAUCGUAUCGAGCGGUAAUCUGUAAAUAUGUAUGAUAUCGUUUUAACUUAUACACUAUUGUUACUUUUACAAUAAAUCACUGUAGAUAACACUGACCAGCAAAUAAACGACCGCUAAGUUAAUUAA